AGAACAGCAAUCACCGGCAAAGUUGCCUCACAGCAGCCACUUGUCUUGUUGUAAAGUGAAAAUAUUGUCACUAUUAGAGCCAGUCAUCAGUCCCAACAUAGCAGAAUAGCUACAAACGGCCAGAUGAAGCUCUUCGUAAGUGAAGGCAACCCGCAUUGCCUAAAAGUGUUAGCAGCGUUAGAAGAAACCGGAGUUCAGUGUGACGUUCAGUAUGUCAACCACGAAGAGAGAGUCGUGCCCUUCCUUAGCCGUCCAGCCUUGCCAGCCCUGCUCCAGCCUAGUGGACACUAUCUUUUCAGCUCCAAUGCCAUCUGCCGGUACAUGUUUGAAGUAAGGGGACAAGAAUCCAGUGAUCUUUGCAAUCAGUGGCUGGAAUGGGAGGCCACAGAUUUUCAGCCUGCACUGCUACAGGCCCUUCACAUGGCAGUGCUGCAGGGGAAAGGAUCAGAAGUCCCCAAAGUCCUCCAGGGGCCCCUAAACUACUUGGACCAAAGCUUGAGCAAGGGGACCACGCCAUAUUUAACUGGGGAAGUUGUUUCAGUUGCUGAUAUCGUUUUGUGGGCUGCGCUGUACCCUGUUUUAUCUGAACCAUCACUAGCUUUGGGUGAACGCAAGUCUGUGAAGGCUUGGUUUGACCGUGUGUCUGGUAUGCACGCUUGCAAGUCAGCCACUCAGAAAGUGCUGCAGGGUAAAGGCCUGCAGGGCAUGAAGAGCUACAUGCAGAGGCAGCCUGCCCCUCAGAGCAGCCAGUGCAGAGACACACAACCAUGCAACAGCAGCCCUGCUGAGGGUGAGGAAGGGGAGCGUGUGGUUUCAGAAGAGGACAUGGAGGCAGCUGCUGUCACCUGGAGAAAAAGUUUAAACACCUGCCCAUCCACUACAACCAGACAACACCCUAUUUUGCCACAGGAGGGCAAACGAAACAUCCUGGUGACCAGUGCCUUGCCCUAUGUCAACAACGUCCCCCACUUGGGCAACAUUAUCGGCUGUGUCCUCAGUGCUGAUGUCUUCUCCAGGUAUGGCCGUCUGCGAGACUGGAACCUGCUGUUCGUAUGCGGCACAGAUGAGUAUGGCACAGCUACAGAGAACAAAGCCAGAGAAGAAGGCCUGACUCCGCAGCAGAUCUGCGACAAGUACCAUGCUGUUCACUCCAGCAUCUACAAGUGGUUCCAGAUUGACUUUGACUUUUUCGGCAGGACCACCACAGAGAAGCAGACAGAGAUCGCCCAGAAUAUUUUCUGGAGACUCCACGAGCGAGGUUUCUUAGUGGAAGAGACAGUGGAGCAGCUAUGUUGUGAGAACUGCAAGUGUUUCCUGGCUGACCGUUUUGUAGAAGGCACCUGCCCCCACUGCAGCUAUCCGGAAGCUCGUGGUGACCAGUGUGACAAGUGUGGGCGACUCAUCAAUGCUGUGGAGCUCGGGGAACCCCAGUGUAAAGUCUGCAGGCAGACUCCAGUCAUUCGCUCCUCCAGACAUCUUUUCCUGGACCUGCCAAAGUUAGAGACUCAGUUGGAGCAGUGGCUGGAGAAGUCGACCGGCUUAGGAGACUGGACAGCAAAUGCCAAACAGAUCACUCGCUCCUGGCUAAGAGAUGGACUCAAACCUCGCUGCAUCACCAGGGACCUGAAGUGGGGAACGCCAGUACCUCACCCUGACUUUAAAGAGAAGGUGUUCUACGUGUGGUUUGACGCCCCCAUUGGUUAUCUGUCCAUUACCGCCAACUACACUGAUAAAUGGGAAAAAUGGUGGAAGAAUCCUCAUCAGGUGGAGCUGUACAACUUCAUGGCCAAGGACAAUGUGCCAUUCCACAGUGUGGUGUUCCCCUGCUCCCUACUGGGAGCUCAGGACAACUACACUCUGGUCAACCACCUUGUUGCCACUGAAUAUCUAAAUUACGAGGACACUAAGUUCUCCAAGAGCCGUGGUGUCGGUGUGUUUGGUGACAUGGCCAAGGACACGGGUAUCCCGUCUGAUGUGUGGCGGUUCUACCUGCUGUAUGUGCGUCCAGAGGGACAGGAUUCAGCCUUCUCCUGGGCUGACAUGGCUCUGAAGAACAACUCAGAGCUGCUCAACAACCUGGGCAAUUUCAUCAACAGAGCUGGCAUGUUUGUCACUAAGUUCUUUGAGGGCUGUGUGCCUGCAAUGGAGCUACAGCAGGAAGAUAAGAAGCUCCUGGCUUUGGUGGGCUGGGAGCUGCAGCAGUACAUCCAGCUCAUGGACAAAGUCAAAAUCCGUGAUGCUCUGAAACACAUCUUAAACAUCUCUCGCCAUGGCAACCAGUACAUUCAGGUCAACGAACCCUGGAAGAAGAUCAAGGGAGGAGACACGGAAAGGCAGCGUGCGGGCACAGUGACCGGCGUGUCUGUGAAUAUCGCCUGCUUGUUGUCAGUGAUGCUGUUUCCAUACAUGCCAACAGUCAGCCAAACCAUCAGGGAUCAAUUCAACGCCCCUAGCUCUUGCGUCAAUACCAUGUUGCAAGGCACUGGCACGUUUGUAUGUGUCCUGAGUGCCGGCCACCGCAUCGGCACUGUCAGUCCAUUGUUCCAGAAAUUGGAGGUGGACCAGAUUGAGGCUUUGAAGAAGAGAUUUGGUGGACAGCAGACGACGGCUCAGAGCGCUGCCAGCACUCAGUCCGCCACUAUGCCAGCUCCCGCUGAGGUGGCGGCGGUGAACAGCGUGGACCCAGAGAAAGCCAAACAGCUCACACAAGCCGUGACUGAGCAGGGGGAAAAGGUGCGAGCGCUCAAAGCCCAGAAGGCAGAGAAAGCCGUGAUCACAGCAGAAGUGGCUAUACUGCUGGACCUAAAGAAACAGCUGGCUCUGGCUGAAGGGAAGAACCCUGAACCUGCACCUCAGAAGGGCAAGAAGAAGUGAGACAGGAAAAAAAUUGAAAGCAAAAUGAUGGAGGUCCCCGCUGUUGCUGCAUUCAUCUUUUUUGUCAAUGCCCAUCUCAGCUGAGGCCAAUAUUGCAGUUCUGUAUUAUCUGAAGAAGAUGCCCAUUAAUCAACAAAUUUGCAUUUUAUUUCCUCAGGAGGUUUCCUCAUCUAUCAUCUCCUUUACAAGUAAGAUGUCAAUUAUUUUUAUGCCCUCAAAGUUGGAAAUUUUUCAAUUUUUUUCUUUAAGAUUUAUAAUAUUAACUACUCAAUCCCAUCCCUAGCCAGAUUUAACAGCUAAAUGUCACAUCCACUCGCUGAGACGUCUGUGUUUGGAGCUUUAGGACGACUUUGCCGACAAUCUUGUUAGUCUGUUAAACCCUGUUUAUCUCCCGAGCCUCACCUCUCUCCACCCUACUGUCUCCGUCUUUAAUUUGCUCCAAAGCUUUCGUUCUGCCCCACAACGGUACUUUACUCCGCUUACCUCCACACACAUCUUCUGUACUUCUCUCCGCUUCAGUCCAGGCUGCUCACCUGUCCAGACCCAUUCAGGAAAUCUGACAAACAGAUGGCGGAGUCUUUGUGCUGUUUGCUUUCUCUUCUCUGUAGCUUAUUUUCAAUUGUGUUUCCAGUAUUGUUAUUAUUAGUAAUUUAACUACCGUUUGUUGAAAAAUAUGUAAUUUAUAUUAGUGUUUUUAUUAAAAGCACUGCAGUAUAGGUAAUAGAUUAGAAAUUUAGUUAGAUAUUUGAUUACAUGUUCAAUCUGUAAUCAAUUUCUACAACCUGUCGAUUGUUCAAACUCAUUUCAAUCAGACUGUUUUCCUUUUCGACAUUUUUAUAAUUUUGACGACAUUGUCUCACAAAAUGUACAUCACAGUACAGACAUGAAUAAAAAUGUGUUAUUACAACCAUCUAACAUCUAGCUAUCAGUGCCGUGAUUUCAUCAUAUCUUGGCACAGACAUGUGUGUCAAAGAUGAGGCAUAAAAAAAAAAGACAAAAACAAGCCCAAACAUGAGACUGUAGGGCAUUAAACUUUAAAAAGUCUGUAUGAACAGGUGGGUAUACUGGCAGCGAGACACACACUCCAGGCUCUGACUCCAUCGUUUCUCUUCCUCUCCUCCUCGGUUUCCCGUAUCAGCACCAGAAACGGUGAUUUCGGAGCGUUUGGUGCUCCCCACAGCCUCUUCUGUGUUCAGCUGCUCUGUGCUGCCUCAUGACUUAAAUAUUUACUUUGUCCAGUGGAGUAAAUGUGGGUGCGGGCUGCUGACAUAGCUGCAAUUCUUCUAUAGAAUCAAGAAUGACUGGAGUUUAAUUGGUAUUUGUGUUACUAAAAGCCUCCUAAAAGAAAUUUUGUAUGGAUUUAUAUUCGCUAAAAAUGCUAAAAAUCAUCUGUUUUUUUUCAAUGGAGGUUCUUUUUUAUCAUUCAUUCAUUGUCCUCAUUCAUAUUCAUGGCAUAGGGAGCUUUAAUCUAAAAUAAAAUUGUGAUUCUUGUUGCUGUUAAUGUUUUAAGCUGA